ACAAGUGAUGCCGGGCAUUUCUUCUACUGGUUGCAUGCUUGAGGCUGUGUGUUGUGUCUGACAGUAUUGUAUGUCUUAGACAGCUGCUUCUGUUCAUCCGCUUUAGGCCUCUUCCACUCUGUCUGUCGGUCCUUCCAACAUCACCUGACCCUCCUCACUGCUCUCGUCCAGGGAAUGAGAAGGGACACUUUUGUUGACGAGAACGUUUCAUCGUUUUGCCUACUUGGACUUCUGAUUAUUGACAAGGAGUGGACUUGUUCAUCAAGCCAACUGGAGUGAGACAAUUUUCUGCCUGAGAGGAGGGAGAUAAUCAGCUUUCUGUUUGUACUCUAAAAGAGACUCAACAUUUGUGUACAAACUCAUUCGUCUUUCUCAUUCGAAAGGGGGAUACGUCGUGGUCCUCGAUUUGCUGGUGUUGCCUCAGAAAUAACGACUGGACCAGACAGCAAGUCUCAGAACCAAGACCCAUAGCCAAGUGAGAGACCAAGACCACUGGAGUUAACUCGCACAGAACUGAAACGCCAACGGACGUUUUUCUUCUGCAAUAUACCUUACCUUUCAUAUUGAAGGAAUCCUUACCUGAGCGGCAUCUUCAGUUAGGUCUAAACAACCUCCUCUCAGGCUGUUUCAAAGACGCAACGUGUGACCGGUGAUGGCCGACUGGAGCCUCCUGGGCAACUUCCUGGAGGAGGUGCAAGAACACUCCACGUCCGUGGGCAAGGUGUGGCUCACCAUCCUCUUCAUCUUUCGCAUCCUGGUACUGGGCACGGCCGCUGAGUCGUCAUGGGGCGACGAGCAGGAGGACUUCACCUGCGACACCAACACGCCCGGCUGCGAGAACGUGUGCUACGACACGGUCUUCCCCAUCGCCCAUAUCCGCUAUUGGGUGCUGCAGAUCGUCUUCGUGUCCACGCCGUCGCUCAUCUACAUGGGCCACGCCAUGCACUCGGUGCGCAUGGAGGAGAAACGUCGGCGCAAAGAGCAGGAGGACCAGGGGGGCGGGGGGGGCGGCGACGGCGGUGGCGAGGGGGAGAAGCAUUACCUGGAGCACGAGGAGGACAAGGGGGGGGAGUGUGGGAAGGAGGGAAGCGGCAUGGGACGGGUGCGCCUGCGGGGGGCGCUGCUGCGCACGUACGUGUUGAGCAUCCUGAUCCGGACACUGAUGGAGGUGGUGUUCGUCGUGGUGCAGUACCUCCUCUACGGCGUCUUCCUCAAGACAGUGUACCUGUGCCACAUCAACCCCUGCCUAAACCCGGUGAACUGUUACGUGUCGCGGCCCACGGAGAAGAACGUGUUCAUCGUGUUCAUGCUGGCCGUUUCGGCCGUGUCGCUGUUCCUCAGCGUCGUGGAGCUCUACCACCUGGCCUUCAAGCAGUGUCAGAGGUUUAUGAGGGCCAAGCGACAAGAGCGGCAGAAGCUGCAGGGGCGAACUCCCUCGAGAGCCACAGUCGUUUCCGCCGAACCCGACAGCCCGACCCGUCCCUCAAUGCCCUGCACGCCGCCCCCGGACUUUAGCCAGUGCAUGAACUCGUCCCCCCGAACGCCCCCCGUCAACUCCCAACCCCACCAACACCUCCCCCCUAGCUGCCCCCCCUUCAACAACCAUCUGGCCCACCAGCAGAAUUCAGUGAACAUGGCCACCGAGCGCCACAACGUCACCCGUGACGACCUGGAGACGGAAGACUUCCUGCAAAUGAGCUACAAGGGCCACGCUGAGAAGCCCAACACCUGCGCCCCAGCCGUUUCGCUGCUCCAGAUGGGUUCACUGAAGGACAAGCGACGCCUGAGCAAAACCAGUGGCUCUAGCAGUCGUGUGCGGCCCGAUGACUUGGCUGUGUAGGACCAGCUGAACGCCACACACAUGCAGUCCUUGGGAAGUUUCAAACACACACACGUUCUUACACACAUUCACACGUAAUGGAACAGAGAUUACCAUGACCUGUUUUUGUGGGGGAAUCAUUUACAACACUGAAUUACCCAAGUAAAUGAAUCCUAUCAAUCCAAAAACAGGAUACUUAAUCGAUAGGCCUGAAUUACAAAUGCUUCAGAGAGCGCUGGCAGACACACUGACAUAUGGAUUUCAUUAGAAUAGGUAUCUGUUUUGUCACCCACACUGCUGACAUGAGGUUAAUACCUUAAUCUUUAGCCCCCAGGACAAAUCCACUGUUUGAGAUGUCUGUCUCAAUUUUAAAAGACAACUCAUCCUGCGCUACUUUAGUCCUGGGCUCUGAUAAGAAAUAAUGCAACAUUUUGGGGAGUAGAGUGCCUUUUACAGUAGGUGGCAGAUCUUGCCCGUGACUGAUGUCACUGACUCACUCACCGACAGAGUCAGAGUCAGUGCCAGACAUAAGAGGCCGUGGGCCACUGGCACAAUGUGUUCAGUGACACUGACGGGUUGCUGGCGACAGUGAAGUGGAACAGAUGACAACCAGCCAGUCACUCAAUGACAUUUGAAAGAUGGGUGACUUUCUGCCGGUAAACCCCCCCCCCCCCCACACACACACACA